GUUUUCUGGCUCUGAGAAUUUUGACAGCUCAGUUCCUUUUUUUUGUUCGUUCUUGUUUCCAGAGUGAAUCGCACAGAAUGGCAGCCGUCGCCGAGGACAAUCCGCUCGCGUACCACAUUCACGACUUUGUCGAUACCUGCGUUGACACGUUGUUGACGUUUCGCGUCAUUCGAGCGGCAGGCACGCUGUUCAUCUGGGUCGGAUCGUCGGCAGGAGGGGCAGACGACGGUGCUGCAUUGGCUGAGCAGCAGGUUCCCCAGCAGCAGCGCAAGCAGGCGCCAGUCUACUUUACCGAUCUAUCAGUGGCCAUGCCAGCACGAGCAUCACACGCGAGCACAGGGCCAGCGACCUCAACACUGAGCGUCGAGCCACAGUCAACACCAAUCCCUCCGGCAGUCGCCCACCUCCUGGGCUCCGGAACGUCCUCUGCUUCGGAGGCUAUGGCUGGGCGGUUGGCGCUCAAAACCAAAAAGCAAGUGUUUGUGAGUUUGAGUCUGCCGUCGUCCAGCGGUGCCUCGACUUCCAUGUUUAUCGAGCGACGCAUUGUCGAAGAGAUGAAGCAACGACCCGAGCAAUUCUGAGAGUAGAUUCGCCAAUAAAAUCCAAAAUGCAGUCCUGAUCACACUCCGCAGCCCAGGGUACCAUGAUUUUCACAGUACCAACCGCGGAUCUGAACAAAUGGUGGCAAC